GUUAUUUCAGGCUAAGUCAUCGUCCGGUGUACGUCGUCAUGCCAUCCAAAACUAGCGGUAAAGCCGCCAAAAUGGCCGGAAAGACUCAAAAGAACAUCUCCAAAAGCGACAAGAAAAAGAAGCGCAGGAGGAAGGAAAGUUACGCAAUCUACAUUUACAAAGUGUUGAAGCAGGUCCAUCCCGACACCGGUAUUUCGAGUAAGGCCAUGAGCAUCAUGAACAGCUUCGUAAUCAACAUUUUUGAAAGAAUUGCCGCCGAAGCGUCAAGAUUGGCUCACUACAGGAGGUCGACGAUUACCAGCAGAGAAAUUCAAACCGCCGUCAGAUUGCUUCUGCCCAGUGAAUUGGCCAAGCACGCCGUCAGCGAAGGAACGAAGGCGGUUACCAAAUACACCAGCUCGAGCAAAAAACAUAUUUUUUUCUUCAAAACAUAACGGUUCUUUUCAGAA